AUUUGGUUUGGGAUGCCGACAACGUCCACACUCUAAUGGCUAUAUAUAGAAGGUGCAGCCCUUGAGCAACCAAAUAAAACCAGCAAUGGCAAAUCAGGUUGCUUUUAUCUUUUGUUUCCUAGUGAUGAUUGGUGAGCUGCUGGGCAGCACCCAUGGCUCAAAUCCCACCCAUUAUACAACGCCAUUCAACAGGAGUAGUUUUCCGUCUGAUUUCAUAUUUGGUUCAGGUUCAGCUGCUUACCAGUCUGAAGGAGCUGCCCAUGUUGAUGGCAGGGGACUAAGCAUCUGGGAUACCUUCACAAAGCUGCAUCCUGAAAAAAUUUGGGAUCACAGCUCAGGAGAUGUAGCUGAUGAUUUUUAUCAUCUUUACAAGGAGGACGUACAAUUAAUGAAAAAAAUUGGUUUGGAUUCUUUCAGAUUCUCCAUCUCAUGGCCUAGAAUAUUACCCAAGGGAAAAAUUAAUGGAGGAGUGAAUCCGCUAGGUGUCAAAUUCUACAAUAAUCUCAUCAAUGAGCUCCUUGCCAAUGGUCUAACACCAUUUGUCACUUUAUUCCAUUGGGAUCUCCCACAAGCACUUGAAGAUGAGUAUAAUGGGUUCCGAAGUCCUAAAGUUGUGGAUGAUUAUCGCGAUUACGUGGAUUUUUGCUUUAAGACAUUUGGUGAUCGAGUGAAGUAUUGGUGCACGUUGAACGAGCCUUAUUCUUAUAGCAUCAAUGGGUAUAAUGGUGGCACCUUUGCCCCUGGUCGAUGCUCUAAAUAUAUGGGAAAUUGCAUUUCUGGUGAUUCUUCCAGGGAGCCCUAUCUUGUGGCCCAUCACCUGCUUCUUGCUCAUGCUAGUGCUGUGCGAUUGUACAAGGAAAAAUACCAGGCUACUCAAAAGGGGCAAAUUGGGAUCACAAUAGUGACCAAUUGGUUUAUACCAAAGUCGCCAGCAUCAGAGGCUGACAGGAAAGCAGCUAUGAGAGAAAUUGAUUUUCUAUUCGGUUGGUUUGCAAAUCCAGUUACAUAUGGUGAUUAUCCUCAAGUAAUGAAAUCUUUAGUGGGAGAUCGAUUGCCCAAAUUUACCAAAGAACAAUCCGACUUGCUAAAAGGGUCUCUUGAUUUCUUGGGGGUAAAUUACUACACCACUAACUAUGUAGCAAACAAUCCAGCUGCUAACAAUGUCAACCAAAGUUGGAGCAGUGAUAGCCAAACCAUUCUCUCUACGACAAAGGGUGGAGCACCUAUUGGUACACCGACACCUUUGAAUUGGCUAUACAUCUAUCCAAAGGGAAUUUACCAUCUGAUGCUCCAUAUAAAGAACAAUUACAAGAAUCCCCCCAUUUACAUUACAGAAAAUGGCCUAGCUGAUGCAAAUAAUGCAUCAUUAUCUGUUCAAGAAGCCAUUAAGGAUGGUUUGAGGAUCAAAUACCUUCACUCCCAUUUGGCCAGUCUCUUGCAAGCAAUCAAGGAGGGAGCAAAUGUGAAGGGAUAUUAUGCAUGGUCAUUUCUGGAUGACUUCGAAUGGGAUGCUGGAUACACGGUUAGAUUUGGGAUGAUUUAUGUUGAUUUCAAGAACAAGUUGAAGAGAUAUAUGAAAUAUUCUGCUUAUUGGUUCAAGAUGUUCCUCCUGCAUUAAUCAUGAGAUAAUAUUUUGUAAUAAUAUAUGCAUGAGAUAAUAUUUUGUAGGAUAUUGCAGCUAGUUGGGAUUUUCUUUAAUAAUAUUAUUAUUCAAUAUUUUCUAUCA